AUGGCUGGACACAGGCCCUCAAACUUAUGCCCUCUACCUCUCAGUGAUGGGGGCGGGCCUGAAGGACCAGUGAGAGUGCGGGUUGAUGCUCCGAUCCCGUUGGGCACCCAGGCGACCCCUGACAGGCUGAUGGCCCAACCCAGGAUAGGACCGGGCGUCUGCCCAGGCCCAGAAGUGUGGGGGGUACCCUUGAACCCCCAGCUGUGUGAAUUCCAGGGUAGGGUGGUGCCCUCUGAGCCCCAGCUGAGAGCAGACGAGGCUGGGGCCUGCUUGCCAAACCCCUCCGAGAGCUCCCUACAAGGGCCCUACAUUGUCCUGCGGUGCAUCCCAAAGCUGGCCCUGCCAGAGGACGUCUCUGCCAUAGAAAAAGAGAUGAAACAGUUGGCCCAAGAAUUGAGGCAGAAGAGGAUGACCCUGGGCUACUCACAGGCCGACGUAGGGUUUGCAGUGGGCGCUCUUUUUGGAAAGGUGCUGAGCCAGACCACCAUCUGCCGCUUCGAGGCCCAGCAGCUCAGCCUCGCCAACAUGUGGAAGCUGCGACCACUACUGAAAAUGUGGCUGGAAGAGGUAGACACCAAGAACCUGCUGGGCAUAUGCAAAAUGGAGAUGAUCCUGCAGCAGGCUCGGAAGCGGCGACGGGCAAGCAGGGAGAGACGCAUCGAAAACAACCUGGAGAAACUCUUCCGGCAGUGCCCGAGGCCCACGCCCCAACAAAUCAGCCGCAUCGCCGGGCAACUCGGACUGCAAAAGGAUCUUGUCCGGGUUUGGUUCUAUAACCGGAGCAAGAUGGGCCCCCCGACCAAUGAUUUCUCCCCACCACAAGAGGUGGGGCCGGCUGAACCACCUUUCCCAGGGGAGGCAGUGUGCUUUCCCCUGGCCCCGGGGCUCCAUUUCGGUUCCUUCCACUGUGGAGGGCCCUAUUUUACACCCUACUCCCCCACCCCUUUCCCUCCUGGGGGAGCCCUUCUCUCUGGCCCAGGCACCGCUUUAGGCCUCCCCAGGCUUUCCAGUUAA